GAAACGGUCCGUCGGUCAAACAGUUCCCCCUUUAUUUCCAAAAUACAGUCAGCAUAGACGUUCAGGUUUGUACAGAACAGAAGAAUGGAUGCCCUUGCUCACAUGCUUACAGACCCACUUGCUCCUAAAGAAGAAAACCAUGGUCAGAUCACAGAGGAGUGCAUGCUAGGGAGCUGCAGAGUGAGCCUCCCAGAGGAUCUGCUUGAGGAUCCUGAAAUUUUCUUCUCUGUGAUGAGCGAGAGCACCUGGUCUGAUGUCCUGACAGAUUCACAGAGGCAACAUCUUCGUCAGUUUUUGCCACAGUUUCCUGAUGAGAAUAUUUCACAGCAAGACCACGCAAUCAGUGACUUAUUUAAUAACAGAAACUUUCACUUUGGAAAUCCCCUUCACCUUGCACAAAAAUUAUUCAGAGAUGGAUAUUUCAACCCUGAAGUGGUCAAGUAUAGACAACUGUGUGCCAAGUCCCAGAGGAAACGGCAGUUAUACUCCCUUCAGCAAUAUUACCACAGACUAUUAAAACAAAUCCUCGUCUCUAGAAAGGAGCUGCUGGAGUUUGCAGUUCACAAUGGUCUGGAUUUUUCACCGAAAAGAAAGAUGCCAAUCAAGAGUCAAGCUGAAAUGCGGGAACCAAGAGUCAGAAGAAGACUUAGCCGCAUUAUAAAGGAGAUUAAAACUGAGUGUGGUGACAGCAAUGCUUCUUCUGAUGAUGAUGACUUAUCAAUGUGGACGCCAGCUCCUCAGUCGCCCUCUUCUCCAACACCGACAGUAUCACUUAGAGUUCUCCCCAGCCUCUCCACCCAAGACAUGAAAACUACAGAAAAAAUGGAAUUUGGAGAGCGAGAUUUGAAAACCAUGCUGCAGAAUCAUCGUGAAAAAAGGAAACGUCAGCCAGACCACCCAGACUUGGUGACCUCAGAUAUUCAUCUCGGAGACAUACUCUCCAGAGCAAACAUUGGUCGGAAGGGGAAUAUCCCACUCUUCGAUCUAUCUCUGCCCAAAAAGAAAAUAAAAGAAGAGAGACGAAAGAAAAAAAUGAGAACAAUAAAAGUGGAAUCUGAAGAUCCCUGCGAUACUCUCGGGCCCUCAGACUCUUCAUCAGCUCCUCCAGCAAACAUCAUCAACUCUCUGCCAGACACACCAUCGACUCCACUGACCAACAUCAAGGAAGAAAUGGUAGAGGAGUGUCAGAGCAGCCCAAUUGUAGUUGAAGAAAUUGCUGUCAGUUUCUUCAGUUUGCUGGAAAAUAUCCUGAGGGCAGAACACCUUGCCAGCACUUCAAUGAUGGAAGACAAAGUUCAAUUGUGGCAGUCAUCUCCAGCUAGUUCCCUCAACGUGUGGUUUUCCUCAGCCUCCUGUUGGUCUGACCUGGUUCUUCAAGCCCUGCAGUUUCUUGCAGGUGAAACUAAAGAUGGUAGGAUGGCAUUACCCAGUGGCUUUUCUCCAUUUGUGGAGUUUUCUGAUGAAUCUCAACAGUGGAGAUGGAUUGGCCCCACUCAGGACACGGAGAAAGAUCUAAGUGCACUCUGUCAGCUGUGGAUAGACUCCAAAGAUUUGGUUGUGAAGACAGAAAAUGAAGAACUAGUAGAGAUGACUUCUCCCACACCAAGAGUUUCUACUGACUAUGUGGUCCGACCAAGUACUGGUGAUGAGAGACAAGUGUUUCAGAUACAGGAGCAGCAGCGAUACAACCAGCCCCAUAAAGCUUUCACCUUCAGGAUGCAUGGCUUUGAGUCCGUGGUGGGACCUGUUAAGGGAGUCUUUGAUAAGGAAAUGUCUCUCAACAAAGCCAGGGAACACACGCUGCUUCGCUCAGACCGGCCACCCUACGUUACCAUUCUGUCUCUGGUACGGGAUGCAGCUGCCAGGCUACCUAAUGGUGAAGGAACAAGGGCAGAGAUCUGUGAACUGUUGAAGGACUCUCAGUUUCUUGCCCCUGAGGUCACAAGUGCGCAGGUGAACACAGUUGUCAGUGGCGCAUUGGACAGACUUCACUAUGAGAAAGACCCCUGUGUGAAGUAUGAUAUCGGCCGCAAGCUGUGGAUUUACCUGCACCGUAAUCGUAGCCAGGAGGAGUUUGAACGGAUCCACCAGGCUCAAGCUGCUGCUGCCAAAGCAAAAAAGGCUCUGCAACAGAAACCUAAACCUGCAUCAAAGCCAAAGUCUGGCAGUAAAGAAGGAGGCAGUAAACCCCCCGGAUGUCUGGAAGGAAACCAAGAUAUAGGUACCACCCCUAUGUCCCCCACAACCCCCACCCCAAAUACACCUGGAACUCCUAAGUCACCCUUAACCUCCACAGCUACCACACCAACUAAGACCGGAGUCCCAGACACAAUCAAGGCAAGCCCAGGUGUUCUUCUUGUAUCACCACCCUCAUUGCCCCAGUUGGGGACCAUCUUGCCCACCAGUCAAGCUGGUCCACCAGCUUCACAGCCCGUUACAUCCCAACAUGCAGCUCGGAUAGUAAGUCACCUGGCGGCAGGCUCGCUGCCUCAAGUACGGGUCGUUUCUGCUCAGCCCAGUCUUGGUGCCUCAUCAGGUAGUCAGCAGGCCACUCUGGUCCAUCAGAACCCUCAUCAGAUCAGGAUGCCAGUCUCUGUGGCUGCUAAGGGGAUCUCACAGGCAGUGGUUUCAGUGCCUUUGAGAAGUCAGUCUGCUAGUAGUCCAGUCCAGGGACCAACCACCCUCUCUGUGUCAACUGUAACUGUCACCAAACCACAAACUGGAUCACCUGGUAGCCCAGCAAACAACCCUGCCUCCCCUGCUGUGCUUCAGGGGGUCACCAGUUCAAACAUCAAACAGGUGUCCAUCACAGGCCAGAUAGGAGUGAAGGCCCCAGGUGGAGCAGGAAUCCCAAUAACUGCUACAAACCUGCGCAUCCAGGGUAAAGAUGUCCUGCGUCUUCCACCAUCCUCCAUCACCACAGAUGCAAAAGGCCAGACUGUGCUGCGGAUAACUCCGGAUAUGAUGGCAACUCUUGCCAAAUCUCCAGUUGCUACUGUCAAACUGACUCCUGACUUCCUGGGCACUGCUGCUACUGGAAGCAAGAGCAUAUCAGCUACUCUCCACGUGACACCACCCCAUCCUUCACCUUCUGCUGCUUCCAGCUCAGCCUCCUGUGCAGCAGAAGCACAAACCAGUAAAACAGGUCCUGGCUCCACCUUACUCAAAGCUGCAGGAGACACUGCCAUACGUCUGAUGCCAACACUGGCCGUCAGUGUGGCCGAUCAGAAAUCCAGGACCUUCUCCACCGUCUCCUCACCGGACAAGAGUGGAGCUACCAUUCGCAUAAUGCCAGGCCUUGGUGUAAUUCCACCCAAACAAGGCCAGACAAUUACAAUGACAACGUCCACUGGCAGUAAACCACCCGUAGCCUCUACGUGUGCUAAUAUGGUGACCAUGGCUGCCAGUGUAGUGGCUGGAGCGAAAGGAAUCGCUGUGGCCUCUGGAGCCUCAGGGUCACCGCUCACUCUGGGAACAGCUACAGCGACGGUGCGGCAGGUUCCUGCUUCGGUGGUUACUACUCAAACGCCUUACCAGACCUCUGUUUUGACAACACCACAGGGAAAGUUACCUGCAAGGAUCACUGUCCCUCUAUCUGUCCUUAACCAACCCCUGAAGAGCAAGAGUGUGGUGACAACGCCUAUUGUAAAAGGAAGUCUUAAUACAAAUAUCAGCAGUCUGGGGAGGAACAUCAUCCUGACCACGAUGCCUGCUGGCACAAAGCUAAUCGCAGGAAACAAACCAGUCAGCUUUGUCACAGCUCAACAGUUCCAGCAGCUUCAGCAGCAGGGACAGGCCACACAGGUUCGCAUCCAGACAGUUCCAGCGCAGCAGCUCCAGCAGCACAUGGCAGCAGGUUCCCCAAAAUCUGUCUCCACCGUUGUAGUCACGACAGCACCUUCACCCAAAUGUGCCCCCGACCCCCCCCCCUGCACCCCAACAAUGAUCUCCUCCUCAGGCAAAAAGGGGAUACUGUUAGUUUGUGCCUGUAUCUUGUUAUUUCUGAGUAUUUACUGUUCUCAAGUGUUUUACGUUCAUUUAACAUGCCUCUUUCCUCAAAAGUAUUGAGAUUUAGCUUUUCUGCUGUAGGAUGCUAAUCUCUUCCAUGUUACCGAAGUCAGAAUACGUUGAAAAUUGAUGUUCUAGUGUGACGCAAUAUAAGAAAAUGUGGGACUAAUGUCUGUGUGAUUGGUUUGAAUGUAAUUGAGUUUUAUGUUAAUACAUCAUUUGUUCUUGUCAGGUGUGUUUUAUUCUUUUCUUCCAUGUAAUCCAUAUGCACAUGUACAUUUAAAUCUGCAGUAAAUCUCAUGUUUUAAUCAA